ACCUACAGCGAGUAACAUCACUCUUUCUCUAGUUCUUUCUCUUUUUGAUAUAUCCCUUAUUAUCAUUUAGAAUUUAGGAUAAUUUCAAAUUUCCUUUGAUUAUUACGCGACUUUAAAAAAAAAGCAAAAUCAUUGAUAUUUAAAUUCAACCCUAUGGAACGCGAAAUCGUUCGAAAUCCAAUAAGACAAAUCUUCUUGACACAAAUUAAAAUAUAAAUAAUUUUUUCUCAAGACGAGCACGUACAAUUAUAUCGCCAUUAUCAUUUCGUUCACGCUUCAUAUUUAUCUUCCAAAAAUAAUCGCGAGAACCUUCCGUAAAGUACACAGUCCGAACGAUCAAAUGUUUGUUCUGUUCCGCACGUAGUAUUAUUUAUUCGUAUCGACUUUGCAAAUAAUUACAAAAAAAAAAAGAAAAGAAAAGAACGGUAAUUGGAACGUUCCCUCUUCGACACAGCAGGGACAAAAUGUUAAAGGCACGUGUUCUCGUUGUUAUACGGAUAUAUCUUCGACGACGUGCUUGACCUAUUCCGAACCGAGUCGAGAGUUCGGAUAGACUUUUUCACGACCGAACGAAUUCUCCCCUUUUUCUAAGCGUACAAGUGGAAAACAGAAAACUAUGAGGGAGGAACUGAAGAAUGAAGAGUUAACUAUUUCUGGUCGAUUAGAAAGCGAGUGAAAAUAGAGGGUGAUUAUGGAACGUCUGUUAGGUAAGCGUCGAUCGUGAUCUCGCGUUACUACUAUGCUCCGAUCGCGACUCGGUGAAUGUCUCAGCCGCCACAGUCGCCACCUCGUCAUCUCUUUCUCUUUCUCUCCACUGGUGGUGCACACUUUCGGUUAUUGAUCGUCGACGGAGUCUCUCCCUUUUUACAGUUAGUCAGCUAGCUAGCUAGCCAGCUAGCCAGUCAGCCAGCCAGCUAACAGCGCCCCAAAUCAUGAUUCAUUCAGAGUAAUUCUGAUCUAAGCAGCCCCACAGGCACAAUGGAUGAGAUUCCGAGUAUUGUUGUCCGUUUAGCAGUAGAUAGAGCAGAUAUGAGUACAGUUACAAGUGAAAAUGUACAACCACGAUUUUACACUCCUGGAGAAGAAAUAUCAAAUCAACCUAAUUUUUUAAGGGGUCAUGGUACUUAUGUUGAUGAUGAAAAUACACUGAGAGCUUCAGUUGCUGGUGUUUUAGAAAAAGUCAAUAAAUUAAUAUCAAUACGACCAUUCAAAGCGCGUUAUCAGGGUGAGAUUGGUGAUGUUGUUGUUGGACGUAUAACUGAAGUACAACAAAAGCGUUGGAAGGUUGAUACAAAUUCAAAACUUGAUUCUGUUCUAUUACUAUCCAGCGUAAAUUUACCUGGAGGUGAAUUGAGAAGACGAUCUACUGAAGAUGAGCAAACAAUGAGACGUUAUUUACAAGAAGGAGAUCUUAUUUGUGCAGAAGUACAAAGUAUUUUCGUAGAUGGUUCUCUAUCAUUACAUACAAGAGUUUUAAAGUAUGGUAAAUUGUCUCAAGGGAUAAUGUUAAAAGUACCACCUGCUCUUAUAAAGAGGAAAAAAACACAUUUUCACAAUUUGGAGAAUGGAGCUAGUUUAAUAUUGGGAAAUAAUGGCUAUGUAUGGAUUGGUGCUAAUACACAAGACAGUGAUAAAUCAGAAGGUGGUUUUACGCAAGACUUAUCCAGAGUACCUCAUGAAAAUCGUGAAGUAUGUGCUCGCCUUCGGAACUGUGUUUUAAUUUUGUCACAGUGUAACAUGAAAUUAACUGACACAUCUAUAACGUAUGCUUAUGAAGAAUCUAUGAAAUAUAAGCCAAAGUGGACAAACAUGGAUGCAUGCUUUACUGCCUUUGAUAAGGAUGAAGAUGGAUUUCUAUCUCUGCCAGAAUUUAAACUUAUAUGCUGUGCACUAUUUCGCAAUAAUCUUGGAAAUAUUUAUACGCUUGAAGAAGAACAAUUACAAGAAAUAUAUUCUAUCUUUGAUCUAAAUCAUGAUGGAAUGAUAGAUAAAGAAGAAUUUGAAAUCUGCUGGAAUCUUUGGAUUAAAGUGUGCACACGUCCGAAAAAUGCUUUCCUCAUUGUGGAUGUUCAGAAUGACUUUAUAUCAGGAUCUUUAAACAUUAAACAUUGUGCUGCACAACAUGACGGUUUAGAAGUAGUUGAACCUAUUAAUCGUCUACUAGAUACAGUGCAAUUUGAUGCUGUAUUUUAUUCGCUUGAUUGGCAUCCUGUAGAUCAUGUGUCCUUCAUUGAUAAUUUAUCUCUAAGGGAAAUUGAUGAAAGCAAUGGCAUAACUAAGGAAACGAUCAAAGUAUAUGACACUGUAACAUUUAAAGGGCCACCUACAAUAAAGCAAAGGUUAUGGCCUCGUCAUUGUGUUCAGGAUUCAUGGGGUGCUGAACUUCAUAAAGAUUUAAAAAUUGUUAAAGAUGCUAUAAAAAUUUACAAGGGAACUAAUUCGGAAGUAGAUUCAUAUUCCGUAUUUUGGGAUAAUAAAAAAUUAACAGAAACGACAUUAGCUUCUCAAUUACAAGAGAUAGGUACUACAGACAUAUACAUUUGUGGAUUGGCAUAUGAUGUUUGUGUAGGUGCUACUGCUGUUGAUGCAAUGACAAGUGGUUAUCGUACUAUUCUUAUUGAUGAUUGUAGCCGUGGAGUCGAUCUAGUCGAUAUUGAAAAAACAAAAUCAAAUGUAAUAGCUAAUAAUGGAGUAAUAGUGAAUUCAAGUCAAGUUAAAGCUAUGGUCGAAGGAAGAGAUAGAAGACCAGAACUCGGAUAUAAACUUGCUCUGGAAAUUAAACAGAAAUUAAGUAUUUUAAAUGGUGUUGAGAAAUAGCUUGCUUCUAAUGUAAAAAUAAAUUAGAUAGAAAGAGUGUAUAAAUAUAUAUAUAUAAUAAUUGUACAUUAAAAUGUAUAAA